AUGAGGAAGUCCUUAUAUGAUGUUCGAUUAUCCACUACAGGAGUACAUACAUACAUUGCCGUUAUUGCUCUUUUAAGUGAUAACACAACAUUUAUUUAUCAUAUAAGUCCAUUAAAAUUUAAUGUUAAUGCACGCGAUGCACGAAAAAAAGUCCAGCGUUUCAUUGAAGAAACAAUUAUUAAGCUCAAUAAAUGCAAAGAAUCCAAUUCAUCGGUGCAACAUGUGUAUAUUAUUGGUGGAUUAAACACUGAAAAAUAUUGUCGACUCAAUACCGUAUUAUGCCUACUCAAAGAAGAUUCUUCAACAGUUGUACGUAUUUUUGAAUAA